AUGCCUGAGAACGAACAUUAUUCGAAUCCAAUGGCUCCUGCCAAUUACCGGCCUCAUGAUGAUGGUGAAUCAGGCUCGGGACAUCCAUUAACAAAUGAUGAUUUUCGAAAAUUAUUAAUGACACCAGCAGCACCUGGUUCCUCAACAGCACAACGUUAUGGAGCAACAUCAUCAUCGACUACUCAACAAAAAUCAUCAACUACUCAAAAAGGCGAAGGUGGUACUGAAGCAAGUGAUAAACGUAAGAAAAAGAAACAAUAUUAUGCAAAAGUUAUUCGAGAAGAAAAAGCUCGUGAAGAAGAACGAGCAAAAAAAUAUCGUGAUCGAGCUCGUGAACGACGAGAAGUAGCACCAAAUGAAGAUCAAUUUGAUGUUGGUUUAACUACGAAUCCUAAUCAACAAGCAACAUCAGCUGGAAAUUAUAAAUCAGUUGCACCGGAUGCUCAAGGAAAUUUUGAUGCUGCAGCAAGAAGAAAACAACAAAUUGAAGAAUCAAAAUUUUUAGGUGGUGAUUUAGAACAUACACAUUUAGUUAAAGGUUUAGAUUACGCUUUACUACAAAAAGUACGAGCAGAAAUUGGAGAUGAUGAUGAUGAUGAUAAUGAUCAACCACCUUUAAAUAAAGACGAACAUAUCUUUGCCAAACCAUCAUUUAAAACCACACCGAUUGGUUCUGGUGCAAAUAUAGAUAAAAAGAAACUUUCAUCAAAUGAAAAUUCAUCUUCAGUUCCUUCAACUCCAUUGACACCAGAAGAAGAAGAAGAACAUCGAUUAGCUUUAAAAACUCCUAUGGCUAAAAAUAUAUUUCGAAUAUUGUUUCGUCCACCACCACGUCGUAUUAAUGAAUUAUUUUUACCACAUCGUAUGGCAUAUAUUAUUGAUUUAGAAAAUGUUAAUGGACAACAAGAUGAUGAUAAUGAAAAAGGUACACAUACACUUGAUGAUAUACCAACAACAUUAAUACGAUCAAAAGCUGAUUGUCCAAAUGCAGAAACAACAACUACAAUGAGUAAUAAUGACAUUGUUAUCAAUAAAUUAACUCAAAUUCUUUCAUAUUUACGUCAUUCAAAACGUGAUUUAAAACGACAAAAAAAGAAAGGUACUGGAAUCUUUUCUGGACUUGAACCAGAAAUGAAUAUUAAACCAACAUAUGAUUCAAUAAAUACAAUAACAAAUAAAGCUAAAGAUAUUAGUAUGUAUGAGGAUAUUAGUGAUUAUAUUCCUGAUAUUAAACGACGUUCAACAACAAAUGAUCGUCAAAAAAAUCAACAUGAAAGUGAUAGUAAAAAGAAGAAUUAUUUUCAUGGUGACUCAAAAUCUAAUGAUCACAAAUCAAAUACUGAUGAUCAUGGUGAAAAUAAUUUACAUAGUGCUGAAGCAGUGAAAAGUUUUAUACGCAAUGUUCAUAAUAAAUACAAUGCUCAUACCGAUGAAAAACGCACUACUUCAUCGAGUUCACAUAAAAAGAAUAAAACUGGUUUUCAAUCAAACCCUGAUGGUGAUUCGUAUGCUGAAUGUUAUCCUGGAACAAUGGCAGAAGAAGAUGUUAAUAUUGAUUCUGAUGAUGAACCAGAUUUUGACAAGAUGGAUAUGGGUUCAAAGAAAGGUCCAGUUGGUCGAUGGGAUUUUGAUACAGCUGAAGAAUAUUCAGAUUAUAUGGGACAAAAAGAAGCCAUGCCAAAAGCAGCUUUUCAAUAUGGUGUUAAAAUGAAUGAUGGAAGAAAAACACGACGUGGUGUAGGACCAAAAGAUGAAAAACAAAAAUUAGAACGUGAAUGGCAACAAAUAUCAAAAAUUAUUGAUAGUAAACGAAAAGGAGAAACACCUAGUAGUAAUUCGGCUGAUCAAUCAACUAGUAAACGAACAAAAACUAGUUAA